AUGACAGCAGCAGUGAGCACUGACCCCGCUAGCUACACCACCACGCGCGGCCAACUUUGGCGCGGAAUCAUCCGCCCGCCUUUUCGUCCUUAUUUGUGCAGACGAGGCCCCGCCUCCCGCCCCGGCGCACGGCAGGGUCGCGACGCGCUCGCGCCCGCAGACGCCUGGGAACUGAGGCCGCGGGCUCGCGCUCCCGGCCGUGCCCUGCCUCCGGGGCUGCCAUCCCUGCCCUGCCAUGUCUCGCCGGAAGCCUGCGUCGGGCGGCCUCGCUGCCUCCAGCUCAGCCCCUGCAAGGCAAGCGGUUUUGAGCCGAUUUUUCCAGUCUACGGGAAGUCUGAAAUCCACCGCCUCCUCCGCGGGUGCAACCGACCAGGUGGACCCCGACGCCGCAGCGCCCCCAGCGUCCACUUUCCCGCCCCAGCUGCCGCCGCACGUGAGCCAAAGAAAUGUCUGAGGACGAGGAAUGUUUUAAAGUCUCUGGAAAAAUUGAAAGAAUUCUGCUGCGAUUCUGCCCCUCCUCAAAAUAGAGUCCAGACAGAAUCUCUGCCGGAGAGAUUUGCAGUUCUGCCCAAAUGUACUGAUUUUGAUGAUAUAAGUCUUCUACGUGCAAAGAAUGCGGUUUCUUCUAAAGAUUCGAAAUGUCAAAUUAAUCCAAAGGACACAACACUUUUUGAUAUCAGUCAUUUUGGAUCAUCAAAUAGAAGUGAUGAAAAUUUACAGAAAACUGAUUCUAAACCAGCUAACAAACGGUCCAAAAGCAUCUAUACACCACUAGAAUUACAAUACAUAGAAAUGAAGCAGCAGCACAAAGAUGCAGUUUUGUGUGUGGAAUGUGGAUAUAAGUAUAGAUUCUUUGGGGAAGAUGCAGAGAUUGCAGCCCGGGAGCUCAAUAUUUAUUGCCAUUUGGAUCACAACUUUAUGACAGCAAGUAUACCUACUCACAGACUGUUUGUUCACGUGCGCCGCCUGGUGGCAAAAGGAUAUAAGGUGGGCGUUGUGAAGCAAACUGAAACUGCAGCAUUAAAGGCCGUUGGAGACAACAGAAGUUCACUCUUUUCUCGGAAAUUGACUGCCCUUUAUACAAAAUCUACCCUCAUUGGAGAAGAUGUGAAUCCCCUAAUCAAGCUGGAUGAUGCUGUAAAUGUUGACGCGAUAAUGACCGAUACGUCUACCAGCUAUCUUCUGUGCAUCUCUGAAAAUAACGAAAAUGUUAGGGACAAAAAAAAGGGGAACGUUUUUAUUGGCAUUGUGGGAGUGCAGCCUGCCACAGGCGAGGUUGUGUUUGAUAGUUUCCAGGACUCUGCUUCUCGUUCAGAGCUAGAAACCCGGAUGUCAAGCCUACAGCCGGUAGAGCUGCUGCUUCCAUUGGCCUUGUCCAAGCAAACAGAGAUGCUCAUCCACAGAGCCACAUCUGUUAGUGUGCGAGAUGACAGAAUUCGAGUUGAAAGGAUGGAUGACACUUAUUUUGAAUACAGCCAUGCUUUCCAGGCAGUUACAGAGUUUUAUGCAAAAGAUACAGUUGACUUCAAAGGUUCUAAAAUUAUUUCUGGCAUCAUUAACUUAGAGAAGCCUGUGAUUUGCUCUUUGGCUGCCAUCAUAAAAUACCUCAAAGAAUUCAACUUGGAGAAGAUGCUCUCCAAACCUGAGAAUUUUAAACAGUUGUCAAGUAAAAUGGAAUUUAUGACAAUUAAUGGAACAACAUUAAGGAAUCUGGAAAUUCUACAGAAUCAGACUGAUAUGAAAACCAAAGGAAGUUUGCUUUGGGUUUUAGACCACACUAAAACUUCAUUUGGGAGACGGAAGUUAAAGAAGUGGGUGACCCAGCCACUCCUUAAAUUAAGGGAAAUAAAUGCCCGACUUGAUGCUGUAUCUGAAGUUCUUCAUUCAGAAUCUAGCGUGUUUGGUCAGAUAGAAAAUCAUCUACAUAAAUUGCCCGACGUAGAGAGAGGACUCUGUAGCAUUUAUCACAAAAAGUGUUCUACCCAAGAGUUCUUCUUGAUUGUCAAAACCUUGUAUCACUUAAAGUCAGAAUUUCAAGCAAUAAUACCUGCUGUUAAUUCCCACGUUCAGUCAGACUUGCUCCGGACCAUUAUUUUAGAAAUUCCUGAACUCCUCGGUCCAGUAGAGCAUUACCUAAAGAUACUCAAUGAACAAGCUGCCAAAGUUGGAGAUAAAACUGAAUUAUUUAAAGACCUUUCUGACUUUCCUUUAAUAAAAAAGAGGAAGGAUGAAAUUCAAGGUGUUAGUGACAAGAUCCGAAUACAUUUGCAAGAAAUAAGAAAAAUACUAAAAAAUCCUUCUGCGCAAUAUGUGACAGUAUCAGGACAGGAGUUUAUGAUCGAAAUAAAGAACUCUGCUGUAUCUUGUAUACCAACUGAUUGGGUAAAGGUUGGAAGCACAAAAGCUGUGAGCCGUUUUCACUCUCCUUUUAUUGUAGAAAAUUACAGACAUCUGAAUCAGCUCCGGGAGCAGCUAGUCCUUGACUGCAGUGCUGAAUGGCUUGAUUUUCUAGAGAAAUUCAGUGAACAUUAUCACUCCUUGUGUAAAGCAGUGCAUCACCUAGCAACUAUUGACUGCAUUUUCUCCCUGGCCAAGGUCGCUAAGCAAGGAGAGUACUGCAGACCAACUGUACAAGAAGAAAGAAAAAUCUUAAUAAAAAAUGGAAGGCACCCUGUGAUUGAUGUGUUGCUGGGAGAACAGGAUCAAUAUGUUCCCAAUAGUACAGAUUUAUCAGAGGACUCAGAAAGAGUAAUGAUAAUUACUGGACCAAACAUGGGUGGAAAGAGCUCCUACAUAAAACAAGUUGCGUUAAUUACCAUCAUGGCUCAGAUUGGCUCCUAUGUUCCUGCAGAAGAAGCAACAAUUGGGAUUGUGGAUGGCAUUUUCACGAGGAUGGGUGCUGCAGACAAUAUAUAUAAAGGACGGAGUACAUUUAUGGAAGAACUGACUGACACAGCAGAAAUAAUCAGAAAAGCAACAUCACAGUCCUUGGUUAUCUUGGAUGAAUUAGGAAGAGGGACGAGCACCCAUGAUGGAAUUGCUAUUGCCUAUGCUACACUUGAGUAUUUCAUCAGAGAUGUGAAAUCCUUAACCCUGUUUGUCACCCAUUAUCCGCCAGUUUGUGAACUAGAAAAAAAUUACUCACACCAGGUGGGGAAUUACCACAUGGGCUUCUUGGUCAGUGAGGAUGAAAGCAGACUGCCUCCAGGUGAAGAACAAGUCCCUGAUUUUGUCACUUUCCUUUAUCAAAUAACUAGAGGAAUUGCAGAAAGGAGUUAUGGAUUAAAUGUGGCUAAACUAGCAGAUGUUCCUGGAGAAAUUUUGAAGAAAGCAGCUCACAAGUCAAAAGAGCUGGAAGGAUUAAUAAAUACAAAAAGGAAGAGACUAAAGUAUUUUGCAAAGUUAUGGACAAUGCAUAAUGCACAAGACCUGCAGAAGUGGACAGAGGAGUUGGAAAUGGAAGAAACACAGACUUCUCUUCCUCAUUAAAAUGAAGACUACAUUUGUGAACAAAAAAUGGAGAAUUAAAAAUACCAACUGUACAAAAUAACUCUCCAGUAACAGCCUAUCUUUGUGUGACAUGUGAGCAUAAAAUUAUGACCAUGGUAUAUUCCUAUUGGAAACAGAGGUUUUUCUCAAGACAGUCUUUUUCAGGUUCCUGUCUUCCUAACUUUUCUAAGUAUAAACACUCUUUAAUAGACUUCCACUUUUAAUUAGAAAAUUUCAUGGACAGUAAGUCCAGUAAAGCCUUAAGUGGUAGAAUAUAAUUCACAAGCUUUUGGAGGGUGGUAUAAAAAUUUACUUCAUACUUUUAUUUGUUUCAUUUCAGAUAAUUGGCAACUGGGUGAAUCUGGCAGGAAUCUAUCUUUCCAUUUGAACUAAAAUAGUUUUAUUAUGCAACCAGUUUAUCCACCAAGAACAUAAGACUUUUUGACAAGAAAUAAAAAGAAUUGGCUGGGCAUGGUGGCUCACGCCUAUAAUCCCAGCACUUUGGGAGGCCAAGGCAGGCAGAUCACCUGAGAUCAGGAGUUCAAGACCAUCCUGGCCAACAUGGCAAAACCCCAUUUCUACUAAGAAUACAAAGUACUAAAAAUACUACUAAAAAUACAAAAAAAAAUUAGGCUUGUAGUGCCAGCUACUUGGGAGGCUGAGGCAGGAGAAUCUCUUGAACCUAGGAGGCAGAGGUUUCAGUGAGCCAGGAUCAUGUCACUGCACUCCAGCCUGGGCAACAGAGCAAGACUCCAUCUCAAAAAAAAAAAAAGAAAAGAAAUAGAAUUAUCGAGCUUUUAAAAACUAGAGCCCAGAAGGAAUAAGGUCAUGAAAUUUAAAAGGUUAGAUAUUAUCACAGAUUAAGCAGUUUAAAGAUUGUUGGAUGAAAUUAUUUGUCAUUCAUUCGAGUAAUAAAUAUUUAAUGAAUACUUGCUAUAGAUUAUGGUAUGUCCCAUUGAAUUUUGAUGUUUUUAGGUAUUUGGAAAUUGUCAUGUUUUUAGGUGUAAUUAUGAAACUAAGGUUGCUACUUUGACUAGUGCAAUACACAAGAGUGAACUUGUUCAUUUGGAACCUUUCUGUUCAUCAACAUAUCAGAUGUAUGAUCUUCCCAGUAAUGAGCCUUAUAGCUUAGUUGAUUCAUAACAGUGCUCCCUUCCUGCAAAUUUAGGGUAACACGUGCUCAACUGUGUCCCUGGGUUUUUUACAGCACUUACAAUCUGGCUUCCCAUAUCCAUGUGUUCUUUUUGUUUCUAAAUAUAUGAUCUUGCACAAAAGCUCUCCAUCCUAUUUUCCUCUCUUUUAUUAUUUCUGCUCAGUUAAAUGUCUUCCCCACAUAUGAUGGACAUAUUUCUAAUACCGUCUUCUGGAUUAUUACCUUCAGUGAUCCCAGCAGUGACCCCAGACAGAGGAGUCAAUACAGUAUCCCCAAGUUGUUGCUUCACUUUUGAGUCAGUCACUCUUCAGCUUUCUGACUCCCAACCUUAUUGGAAUUAGAGUAUGAUGUAGUUUGAUUGAUUCUACCACCCCUCCAGAAAUACUAACAUAUAGUCAGGUUCUCAAAACUGUUAAAAUAGAGUUAGUCGGAAUGUACUCUUUAAAUUUUAAAAAACAAAAUUAUUUAAUACUGUAUAUAACUAAAUGUUUUAUAUUUUUUCUAACAAGAUUUCAAAGAUAGUGCUAUAACCUCACUGGCAGGCCAGGGGAAAAGGAGAUGACUCCAGGAAUGUCGUGCCCAUGCCAGAGGGAGCUGCAGGGACCAGCAAACACUGGUAAUGUCCAGAUGGACAUCUGGAGCCACCUCUUCCUGUUGCUUGGUCCAGGCCAGUAUCAACACUGAAGCAGGUAGGGGUUCCAGGAGCAUUGUGUCCUGGCAGUGGCAGCACACAGUGUCUGGCAGCUGACAGCAUGGAACUUUACAGGGUAGAGUCUCCAGCAUGAGCAGGAUGCUAGCCAGGCAGCCAGCUUGCAGGAGGGCAGGCCUCCUCCAAGCUGGGGAGGAGACCAGCACUGCUGAACUGCAUUUCUAAGUGAGGCUCAUCCCUGACCAGGUUGCUGAGAUAUUGAAGGAAACGUUAAAGCCAAAUUCCGGUCAUAAAGACUGCACAAAUGCCCUGGGGAGGUAGGCAGAAAGUUGCAAGCAAUUGGGUUUCUAUUUCAGGUAACCAACAUAGGGCUGCAAUCCUAAGGUUAGAUAUAACCAUACCAGUGAGAGUAGGGCUGUUGGUACCUGGUGAGGGCCCUCCAGAUUCCCUCUGGUACCGCACAGGCAUGAACCUGCAAGCUAAAUGUCUUCCAUACUUCAGAUGAAGGCUGGGAAAGAUAGGGCUGACUUGUGGCCAAAUGUCAAGGAAAGUAACUUUUUCAUGUGAUAUCUUCCUUCAAGUGACUUGUCUGUUUUUACCCAUCAAAUUACAAAUUAAGAGCUAGUGAUUCUGCAGUAACAAAUACCAAUUCCUCGAAACCUUCUAGUCAGUCCAGCUUGUUUGUUUGUUUGUGACACAGUCUUCCUCUGUUGCCCAGGCUAGAGUGCAGCGGCACAAUUUCGACUCACUGCGAACUCCACCUCUCAGGUUCAAGUGAUUCUCCUGCCUCAGCCUCCUGAGUAGCUGGGAUUAUAGGUGCCCACCACCGUGCCCGGAUAAGUUUUGUAUUUUUAGUAGAGACAGGGUUUCACCAUCUUGGCCAGGCUGGAGUCCAACCAGUUUAAUAAUUCCAACCUUAGGGGGAAAAAAGCCAAGCACAUUUUAACAAGUUUCAACUUUGACCUUUCUCUUGCUUCAUCUCUUCUCAGUGCUGUCUAUCCUAUGUAGUUUAAAAAAUAUUCUUACAUAAUAUAAUUAGUAUAACAAUAUUUGAAAAUCCAUGGGACUAUAAUUUAUAAUUUAAAAAGAGAAAAAAGAAGGAAAAAUGAAUUUUUUAAAAAAUUAAAUUUUAUAAGCUAAAAAUAAAUUUAAAGUCCGGGCACAGUGGCUCAUGCCUGUAAUGCUAGCACUUUGGGAGGCUGAGGCAGGCAGAUUGCCUAAGCUCAGGAAUUUGAGACCAGCCUGGGCAACACAGUGAAACCCCGUCUCUACUAAGAUAUACAAAAUUAGCCAGGCAUGGUGGCAUGCACCUGUAGUCCCUUGGGAGGCUGAGGCAGGAGAAUUGCUUAAACCCUGGAGACGGAGGUUGCAGUGAGCCGAGAUCACACCACUGCACUCCAGUCUCGGUGACAGAGGAAGACUCCAUCUCCAAAAAAAAAUUUUAAGGAAAAGAAAUGUAAAAACCUAAGCAUUUGAGUUACUCAGUUUAUCUCAAUGUUUCUCGGUGCUGAAUGUGAAAAUCAAAUGAUUCCCAAUUGAAUCAUAGUCUUUUGGACUGAGAUCCAAGCUUUGUAUCCUUUUUUCAGUUUUAUUGACAUAAUUUACAUACUGUACAAUUUACUCAUUUAGAGUGAAUAAUUCAGUGGGUUUUCAUAUAUUCACAAGGAUGUGCAACUGUCACUAUAAUCAAUUUUAGAACAUUCUUAACAUGCUAAAAAAGAAAACCUGUACCAAUUAGCUGUCAGUCACCAUUCCUCCCCAAGAUCCUCAGCCCUGGGCAACCCCUAAUCUACAUUCUGUCUCUAUAGAUUUGCCUAUUUUGGACAUUUCAUAUGAACGGAACCAUAGAAUAUGUGGUCUUUUGUGUCUGGUUUCUUUCACUUAGAUGCAAGAUUCAUCUGUGUAUCAGAACUUCAUUCUCUAACUGGUAAGAAGUAUUCCAUUUUAUGUAUGCAUUACAUUUUAAUUUAUCCAUUCAUUCAUUGAUGCACAUUUGGAUUGUUUCUAUUUCUAGCUAUUAUGAAUAAUUCUAUGAACAUUUGUGUACAGGUUUUUGUGUGACAAGGCAUAAUAUUUUGUAAAAAGCUCACCUAAUAAUUCCGAUGUGCAGUCACAUUUGUGAACCAUUAGCCUCAAAGAUGACAAAUGACUAAACAAUAUUUUUAAUUGGGUUGACAGUCAUUUGGUCCAUUUGUCCUCUGCUUCAUCUGUCACUUAGGGCAGAGCAUCGCGUACUGUAGGCCCUAAUUAAUAUUUCUUAAAGUAGAAAGGAAAAACCAAACUCCUUCAGCUUAGAAACCCAGUGAAAAGAUGUUUCUUUUCAUAAUGAAGGCUCCAUUUCACUAGGGAUUCAAGAUCGAUACAGAAGUAUGCUACAUCUUUAGAAAAACAUAAAAACUUCUUCAGACAAUUUGUCCAAAUUUGUGCCAGUUGUCAUUGUGGUGAUGGUAAUGGGGCUGGUGAAACACUGCCAACUGCAUGAAUUCCAGAGUAAAAACUAGAUUUAAUCCAAAAUAUUCUACAAAUUAAUGUUGACCUUUACUGAGUUCUGAGAUCCAUAUUAAUUACUGCUGUGCUGUGUAAUUAUAAAAGGGCUAUUUGACGUUUCACACUGAGGAUAUAGGUGGAGAGAGAAAGGAACUUGUAUUAAUACCAUCUGUGGUUUCUAACUUUGUAAUUAAGGCCAAUUCCUCUGUGGAACAUUGUAGUUAUUAUAUAUCAUGAUUAUUUGGUUUAUUAAUAUCCAGGGAAAUACCACAGUUUGAGAGCCAUUCAUUCUGGUUUACUUGGGAAGUCUAUUCUAUACUGCUUUUGAUGGCAUAUUUAUUAAAAGCCUCUUUAAUUCAAAA